AUGUCACCCGACCUCCGCAGGUUCAUAGAACGCUUGAUCGCUCUUUACGUAGCCCCAACAGAAACACAGGAAUCUCGCUUUCUCCUAAUUCUCAAAUCAAAUAUUCCCGUAGGCAUUGAAUUAUGGCAUACAUACAAAAAACGUACCGCCACUCCUGAGAAUCCCUACGACGAAGCCGCCGUGACAACUCAAUGGAAUUCCUCCCCUUCGUCUUCCUGUGGUAUGGACGCAUUUGUCACUCUCCUCAACCCAGCUUCAUACAAUCCCGCCCUUUUCGACUGUCUCGCAGAAGUCGUUACUCCGUCGCGUGAACUCGUAAUUAGGUGGAUGGCGCCCUACCUACGGAGAUUUAGCAAAUACAUUCCAUCGCAAAACAUGUGGUUGUGUGAUCAGAAGCGUAUGGGACCCGAGUACAUGAACAGAGAUGUUAUGGAGAUGUAUCUGAGACAGGGAAUAUGCGAAUGCGUGGAUGUGUUGAGACAGUUUAAUGGUCGAGAGGAUGUUAUUGCCAUUGCGUUGGAAGUGUUGGAAGGUGCAGAGAUGCCAAUGUAUUUGAAGGUUAUGUUGAGAGGUAUUUCUGAUGAGGAGCUUCCUUGGUAA